GGUCAUAAACAACCCGGAGCCAAAUGCCCGUCCUCGUGCGGCUGACGCAACGCACUCGAGCCGGCAGCAGCUCGUGUUUAGUGGAUAAUGUUCCUUUGAUAAGUACACACUUUGUAAGUACUACUUCGUCGCUUGAUGGAGAUAAUUGUUUAACUUUAGAUGUAGUAAAUACAGUGUGCCAUUUCCGGUGUCGUUAUUCAAUUAAACUUGCCGGUAAAGCGAGCCGGCGCUCCGUCUCACCUGUGUGUAGUUAGUUUCAGACGGAAAUCCUCCUCUCUUCGCUCAAGUCUAAUGCGGCGAUGAUCCCACUUGUGUUGCGCGUCGCGCAAGGGAGCCUCUGAACUUCGCUAACAUAUAUCCCCACGUGUAAUAGUCCUCAGACUCACGGACACAUCCCGACACACGCAAGCAAACGCGCAUACAACCAUUCCUUGUCGGUAGAGGCUCGUAUUCAUAAACUCCCUCCCCCCCUAACAGGCAGAGGGGGUUGUGAAGGGUUGAACAGAUCUGGAUCCAGCCAGUUCUCCCCCCCAACACUCCUGUCUGUGGUCUCCAUACAACCCCUGACUUUGGGGGGCAGAGUUGUUUACCCCAAGUUUAGGGUCAUGUCGCAUGAGGGAAGGAGUGUUGACAUUCGUCUGUCAAAGAGUAAUCUGGUGGCUUUGUUUGUGGUUUAAACUGUACACUAAAUUUCCCAUUUUUCUCCACAACACACUAUAUUUCCUUUAAGUUGUUUGUAUUUGCUACUCUUCAGUGGUUUUAGGAGGUAACUCGUGUAUUUGUCAAAUGUACCCAAUCCGCAUUAAUAGAAUGCAACCAUGCCCUUGCUUAAACUUCCCAAUUGCACCUGCCAAAAAAACUUUCAACCAUGAAAACCGGUUUGGUUUGUUACCAAAAUGCAAUUUCGUUGUGCACAGUUGCAAUGACAAUAAAGACCAUACUACCACUAAAAAAUAAAUAAAAGAAUUGCUGGAGUUGUCGUUUACCAUGAGAGUUGGGGAUUAGUUGGAUUAACUUCUGCAUCUAUUGCUCAAGACUUAAGCAAAAAAAAAAAACGUGUUUAGCUUGACAUUAUGGUAUGAUGAGAGACAAUAAGUGAUGUAAACAACUUUGUACCAAUCAGGUUUCCUCACCUGGUUCAUCUGAUUUUAUCAACUACAAGAAGUGUAUGCCCUUAAAAAAGCAGAUUGUGGGAAAACAGGUUAAGGGCAGGUUUCUUGUUAACACAAGAUCUGAGAAAUGUAGCUGCACUCAAAUGCUUCUGAGUUUUCCUCAAGGGCUUUGGUCGGGCUUUCAUUUCUGUCAGGGAUUUUUACUGUGAUUUCCAUUCAACAUGCAGCAAAUUCAACAGUGUGGUUAAGCUGAGAGUUUAAUCAGGGUAAAAAUCAGCUUUUACACUCUUGAUGUUUUUUGUCUAUUUUUGAUUUUUAUUAAUUUCUUCUAGCAUUUUGAUUCUGGUAGGACAGGGCAGCAGUCAUCAAGUCUACUUAAAGUCUCACCCAUGAAAAACUAUUUAAAUGGUAGAAAUGUAUUUUUCACAGCUCAGAGGCAUACAAUUAGAUAAAGCAUGAAAAACUCAAAGCAGACAUUUGUCAUGUUUAAAAUCAUCUAAAUGUCUUCAAUUUGACUUUAAUACUGUCAAUACAGUUACAAAGUGUGCAUUAAUAUAUUUUGUUUUUGACUUUUUUUGCAGAUUUUGACCCAGAAUGGCAGAGGCUGUCACCUGGUUUCUUUUGUCUGGGAUGCUGAUGUGUGGUCUGUUGCUCCACUCUGUGCACAAACAGGAAGUUCAUGAAAAUAAUCCCAGUAAAAAGCCAAAUUUCAUCAUCAUAUUGGCAGAUGAUAUUGGCUGGGGUGAUCUGGAUGCUAACCAGCAAGAGAGGAAAGCAAACAACACACCUAACUUAAACCAGCUGGCUGAGCAGGGACUCAGGUAGAACAUUAACUACAAGUUUUUAAUACCUGAUUUAUUAUAUUGUGCUAAUUUAGUAUCAUACCAACUAUCAACUUACCCAUUUUAAUCAAAAUUUCCAGACUCUCUCUGUAAUUUUUGAAAAGAUUGUGCCAUAUCUCCUUUAAAGUGUUUUUUUUUAUAUACCUACCCCAGAUUGACUGAUUUUCACUCCCCUGCUUCAACCUGCUCUCCAUCCCGUGCCGCCAUCCUUACAGGCCGCUAUGGCCUCAGAAACGGGGUGACGCAUAACUUUGCUGUGGGCUCAGUGGCCGGCCUGCCUCUGUCUGAAGUCACUUUUUCCCAGCUGCUGCAGAAAGCAGGAUAUUACACUGCCAUGAUCGGAAAAUGGCAUCUCGGUCACAACGGACCAUACAGUCCAACUAACAGAGGUAAGAGAGAGCUUAACGUUAGUCCUUUAGAGCCCAUCCACCAUAUUCACACAAUGGUCAAUCUUUGACAUCACACCCAGUGAGGUAGGUUCAAAAGCUAUUAUAAUACUGCUGUGUUCAGUUUUGAUGUUAUAAUAGUGUUUGAACUUGUUAACUUGAUUGUUUAGACAUAUCAAAUAACAUCAGACAUAUUCCAAAGUAAAACCACACAUUAAAUCACCUGUUAGCUUCCUAUAGAAAAAGGCUUAUUAUAGCAUUUAACAACUUCCUAUCUGAUCUUAUGUAACAGAGAAUCACUCCAUUCUCAUAGUCCUAUAUAAUGCAAUAAGUGUAACAGCUUCACCCCCCUUGCUAGCAUAACUGUUUGCAAGUUACGACACUAAUGUCAGAGUGGCAUAGCAAGUGGCUUAUCAACCAGCAAAUAGCUUGUAUGUUGUUCUAACUUGAAAUAUGGCCAGAUUUUUCCCAGGAUUUUGCUGCUCAUUUUCUGUGCUGUGAUGAUAUAAUAACUUUUAAACACCCUAAACUUACACAUCUUUCAACCUGGAAGCCAAAGGUAUGAAAUUAUAUUAACAUAAGAACUCUCAAACCCGAGAAUGAGAGAGAGAAAUAGACCUUAUGGCAACUAGAGUCCUGCAUAACCACUAUAUCACUGUAUGUACAGACUCACUAUACAUUAUCCCAUUAAUUACCUUGCUACUAGCAAGAAACCAACAUGUUUUGACUUUUUUUUUUCAAAAGAUGAUUUCAUUGGUUCAAACAUUGAUUAUAAAUAUAGCUUAAGAGAAUAACUCUUUGGAUCCUGUAGUCAGCGCGCCAUACAAAUACAUUUAUCUUUGCUUCAAUUUGCCUCCAUGGCAACAGACUAUUAUAAGUCUCCUUGCGAAGUUUAAACAUUGUACUACAAAUUUAAUUUUAUGUUUGAGUGAAAACAUAGCUGGUUUAUUCACUAAAUCACAUCAAUCCAAAUAUUUCCAUUAAGGGCAAAGUGAGAAAAAAUGAACAGGACUUAAAGACACUAUGAGAAAAUUUUUCAUGUUUACAUUAUAGACUAAAAUUCAUAAAGAGAUGAUGCAAAGAUGCAAAUGUCACAACUUUUGACUUAAUUGAUAUUAACACUGCUCAUUGUUGAAUUUACCUUGUACUGGUCAGAACUUAUAUUAAAUACCCUAAAUAUACCAGACUCCUGUCAGUGGAAUAAUUCAAUAUGAUGUGCGUGCGAUCAGGUAGUGUUUAGUAUUGAAUAUUGAUCACUUUUGCAACAGGUUUUUAAGCUAUCAGAAGUGUUUUGCUUCAUUUUCAAGUGUUGGCUGUAUUUUACUGAGACAAACUGUCCAAAGGCAACCUUUUUGAACACACAAGUAAAGUAAACAGAGUUACCUGAAACCUUAGGUAACCAUUUUUUGCAUUCUGUGGUUGCAAGGUACAGCAGCACACGUAAGUCAAAUAAUAAAAGAACAUAACUUGGUGCAUGGGACAUUUAAGUUAGAUAUAGACUUAAAAUAUAUAUGGACAGUAGAUAUAUGUUUACAGCUAAAACCAAAAACUGUUGAAGGUUACAGUCUAGCCUUGGAGAGUGCAAAAAGACAAACACUAUCAGUGCUGACUCUGAAGAAUCACUCAGACAUAAAUACAGUGUACUGAAAAUGAUGAAGUGUUUCUUCAUGCCACAGAAAUCCAUGAGAUCUUAGUCAACACACAGACCUCUUAAAGAACUAGACUAUCUUUCCAGUUCAGUGUUGUGGCGUCAGUCACUUUCUCUAGGUCACACCAGUGUGAGUGUGUGGGGGAACCAAUCUGCCUCGCUGUAGGGAAGAGAUUACUCAGUAAACAACCGUGUGCAGCUGUGGCAACAGACAUGUCCCUGACCUUUCACAUACAGCUGACUCACCACCAGGACCCCUAUUACCACUCACUCAUCAACCCAAACCUUUUAGCCCCCCGUUCAUCACAUCUUCACCUUAAACUCCCCUGUGAGUUGCAAAAAUGUGUAACAAUUCUUUUUGUAAGUAUGUAUCACAAGUAAGAAACGAGUGUUUAAGUCAAAAAGUUUUUAAGUUUGCCCUCCAUAAUCUGCAUUUGGCCUCAGAUUUUGUUCAGCUAUGGGACUAAAAGGUUGUUGCAGAGAAAAAUGGCUUAAAUACUCUUGCAGGGACAGAGUCUGAUGCCUAAUCGCAGUGCCACUUUCCGUGUGCUAAGGGUGUGAUCAGGUUGAGUACAGCAAAUCUUUGUGGUGAAAUUCUCGGCAACAGAUGCUGCUUGGCAUAUAGUUUCAGGGCGUAAUGACAUUUACUCAAACAGAAACAACACCGAUUGAUAAACCAGGGAGUUGUUUUAUACCUAAUUACUUGACCUCAAAAACUUGUUUUUAUAAUUAUAGGUGUGAAGCCAUGGACUGGUGCUAGAUGAAUGACAGUGUUGUCUGGAGUAAACUGCGUCAUAUCAUUUUAAACCAGAUUGAAAACUAGAUUAAACUGUGAAUUAGACUGGAGAAAACACUUUCAAAUUGUACCUUAACACAGUUUGAAGUGUUAUGUUGUGGUUGAUUUUCUUUACUUUUUGCCAAUAUCAGAAAAACUCUUUCACACAGGACUGCUUUCUGUAUUUAUUUGAAGCACUCCGUUUUCUUGGUGGAGAAGCACUUUUCUUUGUAGUAUUAGUCUGUGGAACAGUCAAACCCUAAUUCAGCUCUCAAUUAUUAUUAAAAAUUCAAACAAUAAAUAAAGUUUUGUGUUUGUACGCACACAUCAUGCCUACAUUUACUUGUGCAGGCUUCGACUACUACUUGGGUAUCCCUUACAGUAAUGACAUGGGCUGUACUGACACACCAGGAUACGAUUUGCCUCGGUGCCCUCCCUGUGAGUCUUAUGGACCACAAGUAAUCAGGUGAGGCCCUGAAUGUGACUAACAGGUUGUUCUAACAUUAGACAUUCCUAACUUGUUUUACUUGAAUACAGCCCAACGGGAUGUUGGCAAAAAAAUGUUCCCAGCUGAGCGCCUGUUGUUUUAAAAAAGUGCUUGUCUAAUUAAUUCACGCUGUGCCUGUCAUCUCCCUUGUACUUAGAUGAGACUGACAGAGACACUAAGGGAUUUUUUCAUCUUUGUUGUUGUCCCAAGCCCAUACAGCUGUGAAAGUUUAAAAGGAAAACAUAAAAUGGUUGAUGCAUGUGUCAUUUUUAUGUGCAUGGGGAGCACUAACCUAUUUAUGACAUACCAAAGAAACAGUGCCAUCCAACCCACUUAGUGCCUCAUAAAUCUUUUAAUCAUCUUGUUAAACUUUUUUAUUCUUGUGAUCUAGGGUUAAGAGGAGUGCACAUGGAGACUGUUACUCCAAAACAGGCCUUCCUUUGAUGGAAAACAACAGUAUUGUGGAGCAGCCGCUUGACCUGUGGACACUAACAGAACAAUACAGAUCUGCUGCAACCAGGAUUAUACAUAAUGCAAGGUGCAGUACAACUACAAACAUACACAAAUGGUAGAUGUUUUUGUGAUGAGACAUUCAAGUUUAUCCCUUUUUGAAUGUUUAUACUUUUAUACUUCUGUUUGUUUUAUAGCCGUCAAUCAAUAUUUACAAUCUCAAUUAAUUGCUGAGUUUCAAUACUUAAAGGGAUAUUCCGACGUUAAAUUAAUUUAGGGUCAAAUACACCGUAACACCGAGUUAGACACGCCCCCAAGAGAUGAAUGUUGCCGUCCGCUUGCUUCUCUUGUUCUUCCUUGAGCUGCGUCACCCCGCAGCAAUCUGCAAUGGACUGGCCCGAGGUCCCGCUACAAACAAGUGGCUGUUGGAAGAGAGUGGGUGAGUUGUGUGUAGUCUCAAACUGAACUAAAACUAAAAGAUGUAUGGUUGCUAGUGCUAUGGCUAGGACCCUAAAUGUACUGUUGAGGAAGUUGGGUGCUGUUCUGAGUAUUAUUUGUGGCUAUAGAGUGGUGUUUUGGUUGAGGUUUGUUUAUGGCUCCUCAGACCGCUGUGUAUUGCUAUCGUGCGGUCGUUACUAAAGUUGGUAUAUCUAGAGAAGCAAGCAGUCGGCAACAUUCAUCUCUUGAGGGGGUUUCUAACUCGGUGUUACAGUGUGUUUGACCCUAAAUUAAUUUUACACUGGAAUAUCCCUUUAAGGGUGAUUUAUUGCCUAUUUAAAAAGCACUGCAACUGACUUUUUAAUCUAGUUUCAUCAGCAAGUCUGCACUUCAAAAAGUGCUCUGCUGGAUUUUUGUGAUGCAGCUGGUUGUUGAAGAUGACAGCAAUAAACCCCGUAGUUCACAGCUCUGUGAGAAGCUGGCCCUCAUGCUAUAGCUCAGAGUCAUGUGGUCUAGUGCUGUGGUUAGCAGUCAUGCGCUAACAUGACUCAAAAAUAUGCAGGCUCUUAUUCAGGGAAGCCAUUUCAACGUGCCAAGAAAUAUGAAAUGGCCGCAUGGUUUAAUGAAAGAGCCUCUGUGUGCACAUUCAUACUCAGUUAAUGCCUCACAUAACUGUUGCAGAACUAAGUGAUAGUAAAACUUUGAAUCCCUUUGAAUUUAACUAAACAUAAACAUAAUGUGGGGUUUAAUGGGCAAGGUUGAUUUACAUUGAGCAAAAAUGAAUCAAAGAAGGUCCUGCCUCUCCUGGUUGUCUCAAUGUUUUCCCAUCAUUUGUCCCCUCUGCAGAGAACGAGGACAGCCCUAUCUCCUGUACUUAGCCUUAGCUCACAUGCAUGUUCCCCUGGCCCCUCCACUCUCUCCAGAUGCAUCCUCCACCAACCACAGAGUGUACAAAGCCAGCCUGCGGGAGAUGGACAACCUGGUGGGGGCGGUCAAGAGUGCUUCUGAUGAAACAGACAAAGACAAUACACUUAUCUGGUUCACUGGUCAGUUUAUGUCUGAUAUCAGCACAAUCAGUGCAAGUGUUGUUCUAGAAAUGUAUUAAUGGGGUUAAUGUGUUGUGUUUAGGUGACAACGGUCCUUGGGAAAAGAAGUGCCAAUAUGCAGGAAGUGUAGGACCUUUUAUGGGGAAGUGGCAGACCAGUAGAGGUAUGAACAUGUAUUUCAUCAAGAGGACCAAUUGUUAACAGUUUGCUUCACUUCACUCAUUCAUGGUUUAAAUUCUUAUGUUCCUAAAAUCAUGUUUGCCUGUGUGUUAGGUGGAGGCUCAGCUAAACGCACCACCUGGGAGGGAGGCCACAGGGUGCCGACCGUGGUUUAUUGGCCAGGGAGGAUCCCUGCAAACAACACCAGCUCUGCCCUGCUCAGGUACUCUCAUUCUACUAAGAGAAUAAUUCAGAUGCAUCGCACUUUUCAUAGAUCUUUUGUUUUAGAUACAAAAUAUGGGUUUUCAAGGACUCAGUACCUUCAGUACUCAACAGAUGGGGCACGACUGACACUUUUGACUUUAGUCCACAUUUAGUUAUGAGUUUUUCCUGCAUAUGUGGUUGUCUCAGGCUGUAAAAAAAUACAGUAUGCCUGAAAAUAGCAAACCUUAACAAUAAUACUGACAUAUAUAUUUAAAAAAAAAAAACUAAGAUAAAUCAGAAAGUAUACUCAGCUAAUACAACAUUUCCCCUUCUGUAAACUUAUACAGUCUUCCUUUUGUGCAGCUUUAAAACACAAUCAAAUUUCUGUUCUGCUUAAAUUUGAAGUUAAAAUUGACCCCAGGAAUCAGGAUAAAGCAGGUGCUUCAAAGGUGAUCAUAAACUCCUCUAUUGUAACAGAAAAACAGAGAAAUCCUGCAGACAUCUUUUUGUUCUCCCACAGUGGUAUGGACAUCUUCCCAACUCUCCUGUCUCUGGCUGGAGUAACUCCCCCCUCAGAUAGACGCUAUGAUGGUAUUGAUGCUACAAAUAUCCUCCUGCAUGGUGAACAAGGUGGUCAUGAGGUACUAACUUUCCUUCUGAUUAACAUAAAUAUUUUUAUAGUUGAGGAGCUCAACUCCACUUUCUUGUAGUUUCUCUUUCAUCCUAACAGCGGUGCUGCGGGGAGAUUCGGUGACCUGCAGACAGUUCGGAUGGGGAAACACAAAGCCUUUUUCAUUACAGGUAAAACAAAUCACAUUACACCAGAGUGAGAAACAGUCUCACUUCAAUUCAAACUAGUUUUUCCAGUCACCAUAAUGAUGUAUGGGAUGAUGCAUGAAGAUGGCAGAAUAGGCGAAUUUGUUGUAGAAAUUUUCAGUUCAGGCCAUAUUGUCUAAACUUAACUCAACCAGUCGAGUCUUCAUUUUCCAAGUGAUUCCCUCUGAAGCUGCAUUAUGUAUAAAUAUCUGAUUGAAGAGUAUUUUUAUGUUUCAAUUUCAAACCUUCAUUUUAGGUAUACUGGAAUUUUGGGAACUUUAUUUAGCUAUUUUUUUUUUUGUUUGACCUUUUCAUAGAGGCAAUCCAACACAUAUUCACAUGUAUUUCAUUUUUAAAAGAUAAAUAACUUCUGAGAGGGAAAGACAAAUAUUUUUAAAGGGGUAAUUUAAAAACAACAAAUACUCGUUUCUUUGAAGGUGCGGCUGAGGCGUGUGGCGGCGCGACGGGAGAGCAGCAGCUCCAUAACCCACCGCUGAUAUUUGAUCUGGAGCGUGACGAGGCCGAGGAAACACCUCUGGAUGCACAGACACUCGAGUACCAGGCAGCAGCUGAGAGGAUCACUCGUGGAAGGGAAGAGUUACUAUGGGACAUUGCGACAGACCAAUCAGUGUCAACAGCAGAUUACAGCACGGAUGAUUCUGCAGCGCCCUGCUGCAACCCCAGACAUGCUGUUUGCCGCUGCAGCACACUGGGCUGAGGGUGGGAAAUCACACACACUCACACAAUGAAAUCAGGACUGACGUGAACAAACAGAUGUGGAGACAGAUGUCUCAUUUUGACACGCUCAGCUGGUUGUUUGGUAAGUAUUUUGGUUGGGAGGUUCGAUGUCCAGACACGGCAGGGGAUGUGUAAACAAGAAAGGAGAACAAGCGGGUCCAGACAGGCGAACUUUGACCAGAUGAUUUUGUGAGAUCUGCAACUAGAAAAAGAGGAACUUUUAUACUCAGUGAGUGAAAUUCAACAUGUUGAAUUUGUCGUUUUCUUUUAAGAAACCCUUUUUAAUGUCAGAAAUCUAAAAUUUUGUUAAAUGUACGGUCAGUUUGAACAUAAAGUAAAAGCAGAAACAAGGAGACCACUUUUUAAAAAGAAAGCCACUCUGCACAGUUAUUGGAUCAUGGUUCAGCUUUAAUGAGUCUCUGGUUUAAAUACCCAGAAUGAACUUCAAUGCAGCUUAAGGGUGUCCUAUCAGCGCCACCUUUUGGCAAAUCAUAUGGUAUUACCAUGUUACUUAUUACAACAGUACUAGAUAUAAAUGUUAUAUAUACAUUAUACACACAGUAAAAAUCCUCAAAAUGUAUUCACGCAUGGUAAGUCUAUGCGUUGACAUGUAAUACUUAAAACAAAAUUUAAAAGAAUAAUACAUCAAAGUACAAAUGACUAGGACUGACAUGUUAACAAACUGUAUUCAGCAUUAUGUAGUAAAUAAAAAGGUCUUCAGGAUCUCACUGAAAUCAAGGACCUGUAACUUUAUUACGUACAGCCCGACAUCAAGCUUUUCACAUUCAGCUGCUGACUCCUCCUUACGCAGAAAACAAUCCUCCGAGAUAAAUUAUAAGCUUACAUUUGUUACUCCGCUUCUAUCGCCACCACAGUUAGUAUGACAGCUGCGUCUGCAAGUCACAAAAUACAUACUGCAUGCAUCAUGAUUUAAAUCGGUGCCAGGCUUGAAACAUCUUGUCCUUCAUGAGUGAUCUGCAGCUCUUCUUUCUGGAGGUGUGAAACAUUUAAUGCCCAUUAAAAGCUCAAAGUUCCAGAGGCCUGCUUGACAAAAAUGCACUUACGUUAUACUUUAUAAUGGAUUAUAUGUAAUGAGAGAAAACACAGAGUCAUGAAAUGUGACUGUUUUGAUCUGAUGAUUGUGUCUUUGCAAUAAGUUUGAGAAACUGCAGUAAAUGAUCCUUCAGCAAAAGCUUUUUGUCAGUCUGGCCUCUGGUUACUCGAAAACAGCUGCAGGUCAUGUUCACCUGUUGUCUCUUCUACUUUGUUAUAGUUAUUCAGCCUUCUCCUAAAUUUCUGGCCGCUCACCAAAUCCUCUUCUGGUUGCUACCAUGAAAAUAACUUGUAAUAUUAUUGUCACUGUGUUGUCAGGGUUGCUCAGUGUGCACAGUCAGUAUCUUAAUAAAGUCUUAACACUGUUAGUAAAUGGCAUAAUGUGGAAGUUAACACUUGAGGGAGUUAACAGUGGGACUUUGAAUCAAUCCAAGAAAAUAUCAUAGCAUUUUGUGAGUAUUUUGUUAAUGAUGAGUGGACCUUCCACUCUCUUUUAGUGUUUUUUUUUUUAAUUCUUUACAAAAAAAAGGUCAGGGACGCGUACAGAAACAUCAGGAAGUAACAUCUUUGUGAGAUUUGAUCUCAGCCAACAGGAGCACAUGUGGAAAUGUGGGGGUGCCACGAUAUCUUAACACAGGAAUCCAUCAGUACAUCACCCCUAAACAAGUCCGAUUGAUGUGCAGAAACGGGAUGUUUAACAGGAAAGGGGGCGGGGUUUGGUCAGUUGUUCUAGUUGCCGACUGGAGGGAAUUCAUUCUCGUCAUCCAGACACACAGGGCUCUCUGCGAAUUCGUGCUCUGGGAUGAUAUCGCCUUUCUGGGCUCCACCAUCCUCAGAGUAACCUGGGAAGAAGAAAAGGGGAGAGGACGGUUUUUGCAGGAAUUUUGUUGACGAUAGCAGUCAUAACAUGAAUCCACUGGGAACUCUGUUUGGCACCUGACACUGAGGGUCAGCUCAUCGGUGCCAGCUCAGACUAGAUCACAGAACUGAAUUCUUGGCCACUUAUUAGUUGUUAUACAAUUAAAAGAAUAUUAAGUGUUUUUGUUGCUGCUGGUCCAACAAAGACACUUUCAGAAAUCUGGCACCACAUUAAUAAACUAAACUCUAGACAGCUGUAUGAACUUGGACCAGUUCUGUUGUUUGCAAAAGCCUAAAGUUUCCCUGAAGAGAUUUUAUAAUAGGUUAAUAAAUAUUAAAAUUAAUACAGAUUCCUCUGUGUGACCAACAAAAGCAAACAAAACCAUCUGAGACAAGUCUGAGCAUUUUUGUAUGAUUAUUUUCACUGCUUUGAAACCACUGCUGUUUGGAAGAUGUUAAAGACAAAGUGAGGCCUGACUCACACUAAAAGGUCUUUACAAAAUCUUCUCAGAUGUUGAAAAUGUGAGCGACCUCACACAUGAAAUCUAAUAACAUCAGACUAAACAGUUUUGAGCUUUGGUUGUGCCGACUGCAGUGACAUGGCCAACACACCACCGCAAAUACUAACAGAUUUCCUUCACCGGAAACCAAAAUCUAAACUCUUAAAACUGGGAAUAUUUUUCAGUAAAACAUGACCAAAAAGAAAACAAACACGGCAGAUGAUGGGAUAGUUGGGAAGCUAAACGUCACUCACUGCUGAGCUCCCAGGUAAAAAGACUUUUUGAUGAAAAAUAGAAUAGUAAUUAUUAAUGGAUAAAAUCAAUUUAAAAUUAACAUUUGAGACUUGAUAAAAAUCUAAAUCAAAGCUCUUUUAUUAAGCUAUUAUACUCAAGUUAAGCUGUUAAUUCUCUGGGAAUAAUACUUUUUUAAGAUGAAGUAAAAUAAAGCCAAUGCUAACUAAACAAGCAUGAACACUAACCAAAGAACUAACAAAAAAAACUGUACCAACAGGAUAGUCUGUAGGUACGAAGAGUUAUGGUAUCCAAGUUGGAAAGUUCUAAUAAGAGAUAAUUAAGAAUAUUGUACCCAUGAGGGUGGUGGAGGAGGGAGGGGUUGAGGGGAGAGCCACAGUAGCGGCGUAUGAUUGGCUGGCUGGUUGGGGAGUGAUAUCCUCCUGUUUCUCCUCUUCACUCUCUUCCACCUGCUCCUCGCUGAAUUCAAACAACCUGCAGGAACAGAGCAGAUGAAGGUUUAAUGACUUAAUGCCAUACCCACAGUCAUAUUUGAGCAAAGUACAGUGUUUCAUCUUAAUUUCAAUGGUACAUCAUAAUGUGGUAGGACUAUUUUAUCCUCUAAAUGUCUUCUUUAUUUACAUAUUGUUAAGCCCCCUUAAAACACACACCUGUGUUUUUGGACCAGGACACACUCGCCUCCAUCCUGUGGAUCCACAUUAUAAAUGUAGAGAAACCCAUCUGAUGAUGCCACCAGCAGUCGAGGGAGCUUCUGAAUCCUGCCAAACAAAUUAUAAACAACACAGUGAAAGACUCUGCCAUGGAAAAAUGUUUUUUUUCUCUUCUUUCAUUUGCUCCGUCUUACGUGGCCAGGGCACAGAUGUUCUUCAGGCCAAACAUGUUGAGUCGUACAGUGGCAAAGGCUCGGUCCUGAUGCAUCAUGUCAGAUACCUGGGCAGGCAGGUAGGUGCUUGCUGCCGUGAACAUUUUGCCCACAUACGCUGACCAAGUAGGAGACUCCUCCUCUUGACUGUUAGGAAAAUAAACAAUGUGCUUAAAUGAAGAAUCAUGACCGGAUUUUUUCCUGUUAAACUGAACAAAACACAGGGACUUGGUUUUAUUUUUUUGAGAGGGGCUGAUUUUUGCAUGCGUUGUGUGUACCUUGGGCUGUGCUGCUCCAAUUUAAAGAUAUGAACCGUCUCUGUGUUACUGGAGGCGCACAAAAACUGAGCAUCUGCGCUGAAGGACAAUGAACUAAUGCUAACAUAUCUGAAACACAGAGGAGAGAUCAAGAAUGAAAAACAGUUUGAGUAUACAAAAUUAUCAAGAUUAAGACACUUCCCAAACCCCUAAAAAGUACUCUCUCUCACUUGUGCGUCUCAUUAAACUACUUUCCCCCAUCACUGAACACUAAGCUUGCUAGCUUCAGCCUUGGGAAACUUGCUUCCAAUUCACUUUCCUACAAUAUUACCAAAUUUAACGCCUUAUCUCAGCUUUAAAUAUACAUUUUUAUUGAGAGCCAUAGAAGCAUAUGGAAGAAUUUAACUCACAAUUACUGAUUUUCAUUUAUACCAGUAGAUCAAACCUGACUAGGAUAUGGAAUAUGCAAGACCCUGAGUUGGAACAGUGUCUUGAGCAAGUCUGAUUUAAUGGUUUUCACAUUGCUGCUUUAUCAUUGACUCUAAAUCACUGACAUCUCAAGCUCUGCCAUGAAUUUACAACCUAAUCAAGAAGGACCUGCACACCUUCCCGUCACAACCCCUUUUCUUUAUUCCAACAUACAAUCUCCAUGAAUAACCUUGUGCACAGUCUGCUUGUAAAUACUCUCUUAUUUGACUAUUUGACAGUCUGAGCAUUUACCUUUUCAUCCCUCGGCGAAACUCAAACAGUUUUUGUCCUUCAGGGACGCUGAAGACUCUGAUAACAGUGCCCUGAUGAGGAAAAAGUGGUUAGGAGGAGGCUGGUGGAGGAUAAAAUAGAAUGAGGACUAGAACAAAUCGUCACCUUCUCUGAGGCACUGGCCAGUUUGGUGCCAGAGGAGUUAAAGGUGAGGGCUGCCAGGGGACUGUCGUGGGCCUGGAUCAGCGUCAGUGUGGUCUAAAAGGGCAAAAAAAAGUCCUUCAUUAUGACGUCAGAGCAGGAUUCAAAAACAGCUGCAAUUUUGUUGUCGUGCUCUGGGUGUAAUGUUAGAUUUUAAUACAGCCUCACUAGGUUGUUGGCGUCAUAAACAGUGAUCUCUCCGAUGGUGGCACUGCCAGGGUACGCCAGGAAUGAGUUACUGUGGUUGACAGAGAGAGCGCAGAGACCUACAAGAGAGCACAGAUGAGAACGUGUAUUGGUCUAAUCUUUACAUAGAUCAUAUUUUGGGGUAGUUGCCUUUAAUUUAAAGGACAGCUGUAAGAGGGGAGAAGAGAGUGGGCUCGACACACAGUGAGGCUUGGGCUGAUCCAUCUAACACUUUAGCCCCUGCUCCACUGUGUUUAUAGUAAAAUCUGUUUAGUAGUUGCUGAGUGCUAUAGUUAGUUUCCCAAACAUUGAGUCUGAGUCAAGUCUUGAGUCCCAAAUGUUCCAGUCAAAAAGCUGGUGUGAGUUGAGAGUUCCCAUUACCUGAAGCGCCUCUUCAGGCAGGAGCUGUUUUUGAGCAAGACACAUGCAGGUGAACUUAUUAACCCUCGCUUGAAACUAAAAAUUUCACUGGGGACUAAAUACAAAGAAGAUUUGCAGAAACAAUGAAAGAGUUUGUCCAAACAGAAGUUUUUUUAAGUUACUGGUCCUGAAAACCAGGACUAGUCAUUCAAGUGCCUAAGUACUGUAUCACUGUCUUUGUCCUAUAUUUUUCUAGUAUGUUGCCUCAAGACCAAUAAAAACUCAAAUUCAACAAGCAAUCCCUGCUUUUUCAAUCAAUAAUUCAUCUUGAAUUCAACAUCAAUAUUUUUAAAGAGCUACAAUGUACGAAUACAUUUAGUAAAUCUAUAUUCAGUGAGGCUUGACUGAAAAGUACAGCAACUCUACAGUUAAACCCAAAAGAAAUCGACGCAGAGCUGUUACAUUAAUGUCCCAUGUCAACGUGAUGGUACCUGAGGGGUUUGUGGGUGUGUUGAGCAGGGUCUUGAGUAGUUUCAUGUCUUUGAUGUUGUGGAUGUAGAUCGACUCCUCCAGGCAGACUACCAGCCGCUGAGAGGACAGACAAACAGAAAUGUGAAACAGAGGGAACACAAACAUGGAUCACAGGAAAGGUCAAAUCUGUUUCUCAUUUUUACCUGUCUGUUGAGUCUGACGGAGAGGAUGUUGUUGGAGUAGCUGUAGUUGCAAAUCUCAGUACCUUUCUUGAAGUGGUAGACGUUCAUCCGCCGAGGCAUGGACAGACUGACCACUACCACCAGACUGCUGGAGAACAAACGCUCCACGAUGUACACGUCUGGACACUCAACUGAGAGAAACACGAGAGCGCCGUUGACUGGUUGUAUUCACCUACUCUUACCACUUAAAUGUAAACUUGCAUGACAGGUUAACGCAGAGUGUAUUCAUUAAGGCAAAUAUGUUCUUUGUCAGUCACUAUCUCGCCUCACUGUUGUAACAGAAACCAUCAGUAUCCAAACAAAGAGAGAACUUGAGCAGACAGCAUUCGUGUCUUUACUUCUCUGUAAGCAGCAUAGCAAACAAUGACUCUCCAAACAAAGUGACCAAAUUUUUCCCACCACAUCAAGGUGAAAACUUCUCUCACAUUAAAUUAGAUCACCCAACGUACAGGCAGAAUCUCUGCACCAGAAGGACAAGGUCAGAAACCAAUACUUGAUGGUCAUGAUCUUCUGGCCAUUUCAAGUGCAUUGAAAACAGACAUGGCUCUACAGUGGAAAUCACUGCAUGGGCUUUGAAAUUACCUCUAAAAAUUAUUGUCUGUGGACACAGUUUAUCUCAGCCCCAAUGAAUAUAGGUCAAAAUUACACCAUGCAAGCAGAUCAGCCCAAGCCUAAAGAUGACUGAGCGGAGGUGGAAGAUUUUCUCUUGGUCUACUAGAUCAAAUUUUGGUCAUCUUUAUAGAGAUCAUACGCACCACACCUGACCCACCCAACAUGUUACUUGCCCACACUUCUAAAGUCAGCAAUUAUGAUGGCAUGGGGGUGCAGAAGUGCCCACGGCAUGGCCACUUAACAUAUCUGAAAUGGCACAUACAGGUUCUGGAGCAACAUACAGUAUGCUACCACCCACACAAUGCCUUUGUCAGUGGAGAUUUUGCAUAAUACAGCAAGAAGAUGCCAAACUACAUUGUACAUGUAUUGCAAUGGCAUGACUUCACUGUAGAAGAGUCCUGGUACUAAACAGACCUUCCUGCUGCGCAGACCUCCAUCCAUCAGUUCAUACUUUUCUGUUUAUAUAUAGCUGGGUCAUAAUGGCAGCAGGCUAAGCAAGUUGCUCCAGACUUCUCCCUCCCUAGCUAAGCCUUUCAGCUUCACUUUGGGACCCAAACGCUUUCCAAAGCUGGAUGGGAUAUAUAACAUUAUCCCUCGACACGUUCUACCUCAGGGUCUCCUUCCAUUUGGAUGUGCCUGGAAAACCACCAAAGGGUGGCGCCCUUAAAGCUGCAGUUAGGAACUUUUGGUUUGUGUUCUGAUGCCCCAUGUGAAUAAAGGGAUGCCUCUUGUUGCUUUUCCUGUACAUACAAUAUUAAGGUUUUCAGACAAAAAAAAAAAAAAAAACGUAUUUCGUGAUCUUUUAAUAAUGAAAUGUUUCAAUCACUGUGAGUAUUUACCAUGGAAAAAUAAUGUCAGUCAUCUGAUCUAAAACCUAACCCCUCACAGCACUUCACACAUUGAAAAAUAAAAAUGAGAAAUAUUCAGCAUUGUUCCUGAUGGUUUUGAGAGUCACAAAGAGGCAUCAGUGUCAGUUUCAGUCUGUUUCUCGACCAGAUAGAAACUCCUCACAGUGCAUUCAACAGAUGCCCAAAGCACCUCAACCGGCUCCUUUUGAUGCAAAAGAGUAGGAGCUCUAUUCAGACCUCUUCUGGGUGUCUGAGCUCCAGAAACUACACCUGGAGGUAUAUCUGAAGGUCUCGAAAAGGCCCAAAACCACAACAUCUGCAAAAAGCAGAAAUGAUAUCCUGAGACCUCUUAGCUGAAAACUCUGAGGAACCCAAACAGGAAAUAGGGUGGAGAAUUACAACAAAGAAGACCCUGAACUGUUUGGCAGCUAAAAGCCUAAGUCAGGCAAGAAUUUGACAUUUCACUUUUAAAAGAAACUAGUCUUCUGGGGUCCAAGCAUUUAUGGAGUGUUGUUAAAAGAGGUGAUGCAAAACAAUAAGAAACAUUACCCUGUCCAAAUUUUUUUCAAAUGUGUCUCAGGCAUAGAAUUUAAAUGAUCACAUUUUCAGUUUCAAAUAUGGAUGUUAAGUAUUUGCAAACCAUUAUAAUGUGUUUUUUACUCGUGUUGUACAUGUCCAAACCCUUAUGGUAUCAGAGUACUUCCAGAUAAUACAGUGUCCUUACCUCCCUCAUGGAUGCAGUCCAGUUUGUCCACAGCAGUUACAGAGAAGAGCCGGUAGCCAGUUUUGGUGCCUACGGACAGGGAGCUGUAACAGUAGCACGAAGAGACUUUCUAAACAACUACAGUAAUAAUUGUUAAGGUUUACAGCAGGUUCAAACAUUAUGAUUACAACUUUAAAUGACAACAAUGAUUUUGACUUUUGCAAGUACUCAUAUAUAAGGCAUUUAUAACCCGCUUAUCAUUUCUCAUACAAGAAAUAGUUCAUGAAAACUUCAUAAACUCACAUGAUGUGUUAGUGUAAGCUGUGAUAACUCAUGUAGAAUAAUGCUGAUAAGUGAACACUCACCAGCCAUGCUAUAAUAAUAGAAUGAGGAAGCAGCCACCAGUCAAAUCCUUUGUUUACCUCAUCCGAAAAGCCAACCAUGUAUGACACCUAUUCUUCCUGAUUAUCUUAUCUUUAUAAGACAACACAGCUUGCUAGCUCAGAAUUUAUCAGUCCUGCCAAGCAAACUUAUCUUAUCAUGGCUGAAGACAGUAAUGAAGAAAAGAUAUGAAGGCUGUAGACUGUUUGACCACCUGGUUGAUUUUACUCCUAGAGCCACUGGAAUUGUUUAUGUAAGGGGACACACCUGUAAUUUAACAGGUAUGGUACUUCUACAGAAUCCCUCAUAAUCUCUUGACAUUUGGCAGUGGUCAACCACAGCGCAGGUGGUGAUCACAUGACCGAGGGGGCAAGUUAAAACAAGUGAACAUCUGUUUGUGGAGCUGCUUCCCGUAAAUUUGUUAUGAACUCAGAUAAGGCCACAUGCUGUGAUCACUGGUGGUAUUAACAUGCGAUAUUACUUGCCAUGAAACAAGAAGAGGGUAGUUGCACACUUGCAUUAGACCCCAUUGAUUUGACCUGUUUUAAUCAAUGUAUAAAGCUGUUUCUUGUAAUGAAACAGUCAUAUUUCUGGUUAUAAUCUCUCUAGUUUAAUGUGCAACAGGCCUCAAAGAUUAACACACUGGCCUACUUCACUUCAGGCUGCUAGGGACUAAUCUGCAAGUUUUAAUGAGGUAGACAGAUGCCUCGGUCAAACACACACAGCUGCUUUGUUUAUGGUAUUGCCCCUGGACAGAAUAUGGAUAAGAGUAUGUAAUGCGACUGAAAGUAAUUAUGCAACAGUCAGGUGCAUGGUGGAGAUUUGAGUUCAUGUUGGGCCCUGCCCGCAGGUCGCUUACGUGGUGUCCUGGUUAAACGAGGCACAGAUGAAGCCUCGGUGUACUGCGGGGCCGUCCGGUGCGUCCUCGGACUCCAUCCGUGCCACUGAAUUUCCUCUCCGCUCGCCGGCCGAGGUCGGAGGCCUUGGGCUCGGGUCGAUCCCCGCCGGAACCCGCUUCCUCUCCUCUGCUCCCCCGACUCCAAACGCCACGCUCACACUCUUCGGGGAGAGGAAUGUCCGGGCUGGGUUAGCUCAAAAGACACACAUAACUCACCGACUGAACCACCCCAAAUCUAAACUAUAUUAAAGAUGAUCAAACACCUCCUCGGUAAGCUCUUUCACUCCAGUCAGUCGACAGUGUUGUUAUUAUGUUAUUAACUUCCAGUAUCCACAUAGCAAAACAAAAACAGCUGAUGGGUGGAUGCGUCACUGUGAGGUACGUUUUGAUUGGCCAGUAUUAACAUGCCAAAACCUCGAAUCCUGAGUUUCUAUUGGCCGAGCUGUUCAAAUUCUCUGUUGGAUUUGACAACAUUUAUGUCGAUCAAAUAAGACCCGCCUAUUUAGGGGAGACCCAAAUUGAUUGGCCAAUUAUGCCUUCAGUCUUAUCACGAGGAAAUGUUUUGAUGUUUUCAUUGGCUAAACGCGUGUGGAGCACUGAAUUGCCUAGUUGUGCAGCGACACAUCACUGCUACGCUGUAUGUUUAUGGGUUUCUCUGUGUUGCUUGAGCUCAGAAAUCCAAAAAGUGUUGAAUGCUGAGACAUUUCCCCCCAUAAUUAACCACAACAUAUUUAUGUCUAACAACUGUUACUUUGUGGAUAUAACAACCUUGUUUCUUCCUCCUCUUUUCACAAGGACAGAUCAUUGUGUUAUAUUUUUACUUACACUGCGUUUUUUUCUAACAGACUUGGCCACGUGUUUCUUUUCAGGUAGAUGUUUUACAAGAAAAUAAAAACUCAGCUUAAACCAAAUGCAAUUUGACCGGAUACAAUUUGCAGUAGGGGAGAGUGGGGUAAGUUGAGUCAAAGGGUUAGUUGAGCCACCCCCUGUUGCUUGAAAAUGGUAAAAGAAAACGAUCAUGUGACCAAAUAUUAAGGAGAUGGACAUCAAUUCAUGGAGUCUGUGAAGGUUAGAAGCACAUGGGUGAAGGGGUUAGACAUUUAUUUCCUCUCUUGAAAGUGAAUUGAGUCUGUCAUAAGUUUUGUUAGAGGGGUGUUCAGACCAAAAAAUAUCAUUUAAAUUUGUUUUAUACAUCAAUUGUGGUAUCUAUGAGCUACAACAUGAGGUCAAAAACUUAGCAUAAAAGUCCACCAUUUUAGCCUAGAGGACUAAUAAAGUCAUAAUAGUAGUUCUGGGGUAAGUUGAGCCAUUUGGCCAGGAAUGAGAGGAUCAGAGCUUCAGUUCAGAUUGUUGAAAUGCGUAACUUUUUCUUUUCAAAAAUAUGUGAAUGGUCUUACCCCAUACACGAGGUAAGUUGACCAUAGGAGACCUCUUUUUUUGGCAUGCUAUAUUAUCAAGACAGUUAUGUUUACACUCAUUCUGUUGGUUUGCUGGGAUGCACGGCAGCUUGAAAUAUAUGCAGAUACACUAGUUAGAGACAAAACUAUGAUUGCCUUGAUGUAGUGAUCUGAAAUAUUAAAAAUGUCUCAUCUUACCCCACUCUCCCCUAUUUAAAAUCAACUUUUUUCCACAUAGGCCCACUGAUAUAACUCUUGCAUUGACUGUAUUUUAUUUUCAAUUAAUUCAAGCCCUAACUUUUAAAUAUUGGAAUAACCCCACAUGUGGCUCCUUAUAUCCAUCCACUUCAGAAAGAUCAUUUUUAAACAGGUGUGAAUGAGUCCUACCAUUCUCUUCUCAAGUAAAGUAGUGUAACUUUGAUGAUAUCUUACUACCCACCUGUGAAUCUGCUCAAGUUAAAGUAAAAAAUACUUCAUUUGAAAUGUACUUUAAUACUGAGUACUUGUAACUCACGACAGCUGGGCAGGAUGUAUAGGCUACCCUCUAACCCUAACCCUAACUAUGUAAAAGAAAAAAUUUUUGAACUAAUUUUUGCCACAUAACCACCAGCAGUAAUGUGUGAAGUUACUUUGGCUCUGCCUUUAUUCAGGGGGAAGAUAUCAAACACUUUUUGCUGCAUCUUUGUCAGUAUGACACUUUCUUUAUCGUCACUGCACACCUUAUUUAUAGCUCGCAGUGCAGGGAGGAUUUCAAUUAGAAAUUAAAAAGUAAGAAAUUAAUUAAUUCUAUUAAAUAAAAUGGUUGCCAAUGCAAAUUUUUCCCAGAAAGUUCUUGGGACAAUACAUAAUACAUAUUUUAAAGAGCUGACUAAGAACAUUUUGUCUUGAAAUAAGCUAUCUUGGAUCUGAUUGGGAUGGCCAAACUGGGACACUGACUUAUGUAGGGAAGGCCAGGUGUGGUAAAUAUAAGUGGCUUACUUCAAAUUUAUGAGCUCCACCAAUCUCAUCCACUUUGAUUCAUAAUAUUAAAAGAAAUUCCCCAAAUUUUAUAUUCUUGUAUAUGAUUUUUAACGCUAAAGGGUAACUGAAUAGGUUGGCAUUAUAAUCAGUUGAGCUUGAUUUGAAGAUGCAUCAGCUGGCUGAUGUAAAACUUGUAGGUUUUUGUCAGUAAUGAUGCCAUGUAAAUUGUAGCAAUAUGAUACUUUUCACAGCAAAUACUUCAGUUAAAGUUAAAGCACCUCUUUUUCAAAUUAUACACAAAAUGCCAUACAAAAAAGGUCAAAUACCACUGCUCAUUAACAUAAGCAGAUGUCGGCCAAGUAGUUACUUCCUACUGCUGAACUUUGAAUGCAACAUUAAAUCUUGAAUGCAGCAUUGAUUGCACUUUUAUUCAUAGAUAGGUUACAUUUUCACACUUUGUUGCAAAUAAGUUAUUGUUUAACAUUUAACAUAGUGUCCUUCACCUCGUGGCCUUCAGAGAAAGUAGAGAGAAAUGUCUGUAAGCCUACUUCAAUAGAGACUUUUUUGUAUUCUCGAGGAUAUCUGACCCUGAAAAUACCUUCAUUCUGAAAAGCCCAUGCACACUGUCGUGAACCAGUCGAAGUGUUUCUGAAUUUCAAGCGAGAACC